ACACUCGUUUUUAUUUAUUUAUUUAUUUUAGUGAUAGGCAAGCACCUCGUUCGUCUAUAAAACUCCGUGGAGACCACAAACCUCUUCAUCGUUCGUUCUCUCAAAAAGACUCCUCGUAUCUCCGUCUCUCUCAAUCUCUCGAUUCUCUCUGCGACUACAUCUCUCCCUCGCUCUCUCCAAAUGGAAACCAAUCAUCAUACCGCAACAACCAACAUCUCCGACGACCUCUACGGCCUCUUUCCGGCAACCUCACCAACCAAAUCCGGACCUCGAGAGCUACCUGAACCCGAUAUCCACAUCCUCACCCGCGAUGCUGUUCGCAUUCCAGCACACGCUAGCAUUCUGGCCUCCGUGUCGCCGGUGCUGGAAAACAUAAUAGAUCGACCACGUAAGCACCGCAGCUCCGAAAGAGUCAUCCCCAUCCUCGGCGUCCCAAACGACGCCGUCGUCGCCUUCACCCGCUUCCUCUACUCCUCAAGGUGCCCGGAAGAGCACAUGGAGAAGUACGCGAUCCACCUACUGGCGUUGUCCCACGUGUACUUGGUUCCCCAGCUGAAGCAGAGAUGCACCAAGGAGCUGGGUCAACGUUUGAGCGUUGACAAUGUCGUCGACGUGCUCCAACUGGCCAGGCUCUGCGACGCAGCGGAUCUCUACCUCAAGUGCAUGAAGUUGGUCGCCAAUCACUUCAAGGCUGUGGAGGAAACUGAAGGCUGGAAAUUUGUUCAAGACCAUGAUCCUUACCUCGAACUCGACAUUUUGCAGUUCAUCGAUGAAACUGAAUCGAGGAAGAAGAGGACAAGGAGGCAUAGGGAGGAACAGAGGUUGUAUCUACAGCUAAGUGAGGCAAUGGAGUGCUUGGAGCACAUAUGUACUGAAGGGUGCACUAGUGUCGGGCCGUAUGACAUGGAGCCGGGUCAGAAGAGAGGCCCGUGUAGCAAGUUCGGCACAUGUCAAGGGCUGCAGCACCUGUUUCAGCACUUCGCCACUUGCAAGAGGAGAGUGAACGGAGGUUGCUUGCGUUGCAAGCGGAUGUGGCAGCUUCUUAGGCUUCACUCGUCGAUGUGUGACCAAUCGGAUUCUUGCCGAGUUCCCCUUUGCAGACAGUUCAAGUUGAAAUUGAUACACGAGAAGAAGAGAGAUGAUGCAAGGUGGAAACUGCUGGUGAGGAAGGUUGUAUCAGCCAAAGCCAUAUCUUCUCUGGCUCUGGCUAAGAGGAAGAGAGAGGAGGAUCAACUCGGCGAAACCAGAAGCCACUGCGGUGAUCAUGGAAUUGGAAGCUUCAGACUGUGAUUAAAUUAAUUAGGGUCUCGCCACAAGUUAGUGAUGAUGAUGAUGAAAAAUGGAUUGUUACAGCAUUUCGAUUUUACCCCAAAUGCCAAUAUGUCUCUCUGGUCUGUUGUAUAUUGAGGUGGGAGUUUUGGUUAGUGUUGUCCCAAUAUGUCACACCCCCUUUUUAUCAAUGAGGGUAAAGGUGAGGAGGGAAAUCAACCCCAAUUUGAGAAUGGGGUUGAACUUUGUUUUGUUGCCAAGAUUGGGGCAGUAUUGUAUGUCCAGUUGGUGUCAUCUUUUGAUAUGUAUAUUAGUAAUUUGUUGGCAAUAAAGAUUCUAUUAGUUUGGUGAAGCA